AAAGUGCCGCGGGUCAUUUCUUUUACUCCUUUCGGCGCGAAUAUAUCUGUACCGCAUAAAAGCACAUUGGUGGUUUGGGCAAAAUGCCAUGUGACGAACGAGAACUGACACUUCGGCAAUUAAGUGCGCGCUCCUCGUGAGCGACCAUACACCCAGAGAAAGCCAGCUUGCUAGGACACAGGCAGUAGCGCGAAGUAAGGUGAGAACGAUGCCCUGAGUCCUUCACCUGCCUUUGGCACCAGGAAAUCUGAAAGAGAUGGGGAUAUUUCUUGUCUCUUUUCUCUUUGCACUGCUUGUGCUGGACAGCAGGCCCAUGAGGCCAGGCACACUGGCUCAUGCCCAGUCCAAUGAGCGGCGUGUCCUGGCCCACAUCCCUGGCGACAUUAUCAUCGGGGCACUGUUCUCGGUGCACCACCAGCCGCCGGCAGACAAGGUUCACGAGCGCAAGUGUGGUGCUGUGCGCGAGCAGUAUGGCAUCCAGCGCGUGGAGGCCAUGAUGCACACGCUGGACCGCAUCAACGCCGACCCGGCCAUCCUGCCCAACAUCACGCUGGGCUGCGAGAUUCGCGACUCCUGCUGGCACUCAGCUGUGGCCCUGGAGCAGAGCAUUGAGUUCAUCCGGGACACCCUUGUCUCCGCUGAGGAAGAGGAGGGCAUGUCUAAGUGCUCUGCUGAGGGUGGAGGGGUGUCUGUGAGAGGGAAGAAACCCAUCGUUGGCCUAAUUGGACCUGGCUCCAGCUCCGUGGCCAUCCAGGUGCAGAACCUUCUCCAGCUCUUCAACAUUCCUCAGAUCGCCUACUCAGCCACCAGCAUGGACCUCAGUGAUAAGUCACUGUAUAAGUACUUCAUGAGGGUUGUGCCUUCAGAUGCUCAGCAGGCCAGAGCGAUGGUGGACAUUGUCAAAAGAUAUAACUGGACCUACGUCUCAGCCAUACACACCGAGGGAAACUAUGGCGAGAGCGGAAUGGAGGCCUUUAAAGACAUGGCGGCCAAGGAGGGCAUCUGCAUUGCACACUCAGAUAAGAUAUACAGCAACGCCGGGCAACAGAGUUUCGAUCGGCUGCUGGAGAAACUGCGCAGCCAUCUGCCCAAAGCACGUGUAGUGGCAUGCUUCUGUGAGGGCAUGACCGUACGUGGCAUCCUCAUGGCCAUGAGACGGCGCCACCUGGUGGGCAAGUUCCUUUUGGUUGGCAGCGAUGGCUGGGCUGACCGCUACGAUGUGACUGACGGCUACCAGAAGGAGGCGGCCGGUGGCAUCACCAUAAAGCUGCAGUCAGCAUACGUCACCUGGUUUGAUGACUACUACCUGAACCUGCAGCCAGACACCAACCAGCGCAACCCCUGGUUCCCUGAGUUCUGGCAGCACCGUUUCCAGUGUCGGCUCAGGGGCCACCCCCAGGAGAACAUCAAGUACAACCGCACGUGCACCAAAAAGGAGUCCCUCCGACUGCACUAUGCUCAGGACACUAAAAUGGGCUUUGUCAUCAAUGCCAUCUACAGCAUGGCCUACGGCCUGCAUGCCAUGCAGAAAGCUCUCUGUCCAGGAUACCUGGGUCUGUGUGAUGCCAUGAGACCCAUCGAUGGACGAAAGCUUCUGGAAUUCCUCAUGAGGACCAAUUUCACUGGAGUUUCAGGAGAGGUGGUGCUCUUUGAUGAGAAUGGCGAUUCCCCCGGCAGAUAUGAGAUCAUGAACUUCAAGCAGAUGAGUGAGGAAGACUACAGCUAUAUACACGUAGGCAGCUGGGACAGCAGAGGGCUGAGGAUGGAUGAUGAUGAGAUCUGGUCCAACAGCAGUGCCAUCAUCCGCUCUGUCUGCAGUGAUCCCUGUGAAAAAGCUCAGAUUAAGGUGAUCCGGAAAGGUGAGGUUAGCUGCUGCUGGACAUGCACUCCCUGCAAAGAGAAUGAGUAUGUGUUUGAUGAGUACACCUGCCGAGCCUGUGAGCUAGGAUCCUGGCCAACAGACGACCUCAAAGGGUGUGAGCCCAUCCCAGUGCAGUAUCUGCAGUGGGGAGACCCAGAGCCCAUUGCCGCGGUGGCCUUCGCUUGCCUUGGCCUCCUGACCACCAUCUUUGUGACACUGGUCUUCAUCAGAUUCCAUGAUACACCUGUGGUGAAGUCCUCCAGUAGAGAACUUUGCUUCAUCAUCCUGGCAGGAAUCUGCAUAGGCUACCUCUGCACAUUCUGUCUCAUUGCCAAGCCCCAUCUGGUGUAUUGCUACCUACAGAGGCUGGGCAUUGGGCUCUCCCCUGCCAUGAGCUACUCCGCACUGGUCACCAAGACCAACCGCAUCGCCCGCAUCCUGGCUGGCAGCAAGAAAAAGAUCUGUACCAAGAAGCCGCGCUUCAUGAGCGCCUGCGCUCAGCUGGUCAUUGCCUUCAUCCUCAUCCUCCUCCAGCUGGGCAUCAUUGUAGCACUUUUCAUCAUGGAGCCACCGCAGGUGAUCUAUGACUACCCGUCCAUCCGUGAGGUGCACCUCAUCUGCAACACCACCACGCUGGGGGUGGUGGCACCGCUGGGCUACAACGGCCUACUCAUCCUCAGCUGCACCUUCUACGCCUUCAAGACGCGCAACGUGCCGGCCAACUUCAAUGAGGCCAAGUACAUUGCCUUCACCAUGUACACCACCUGCAUCAUCUGGCUAGCCUUCGUGCCCAUCUACUUCGGCUCCAACUACAAGAUCAUCACCAUGUGCUUCUCGGUGAGCCUCAGUGCCACAGUGGCACUGGGCUGCAUGUUUGCGCCCAAGGUCUACAUCAUGCUGGCCAAGCCAGAGCGCAACGUCCGCAGCGCAUUCACCACCUCCACCGUGGUAAGGAUGCACGUGGGCGACGGCAAGUCCGCUUCGGCUGCCAGCCGCUCCAGCAGCCUGGCCAACCUGUGGAGACGCCGCGGCUCCGGGGCCGACAACGUCAGCUCUAAUGGCAAAACGGUCACCUGGGCACAAAACGAGCGAGGCUACCGGCCUAACCUGUGGAAGCGUAUCUCCAUUCACAUUAAGAAGAAAGAGGAGACUAACCAAACGGCCAUCAUCAAGCCCUUCUCCAAGGGCUGCGAUGUGCCUCCAAACUCGGGGGUGAAGGUCACCUAUGAAAGGCCUCAGAGUGGCCAGCGCUACCCUGUGACAUACCGCCCACGCACGCCCUCACCCCUGCCCACCGUUUGCCAGCGGGGCUCUGUGCAGCACUGCUGUGAGGGAGAGGAGGUCGUGAGGGAGCGUCCGCCACCACCGGUGGUAGCGCUCCCUUCAUACCUGACGGAGCACUCUGUGCGUGGCACCCCUCCGCAGACCUCCAUCAUGGACCAGAUCAGCAGCGUGGUGAACCGCUUCACGGCCAACAUCAGCGAGCUAAACAGUAUGAUGCUGCCGGCUGGCUCGGCUCCACCCCCGGCCACAUCCACACAUGCCACUGGACCCCGGGCGCUGCUCCAACGUGAGAGUGCACGACCCUCAACGACGGUGACCACCUAUGCAGAGGUGGUGGCUACAGCUAACGCCACCCCUCGCUCGGCGGUGGGCAUCACGGGGGGUGUGGUCACAGGCGGGAGCAGCAGGGCAUCCCCGGCUAGCCUCUCUGGCAGCACCUAUGACUCCUUGUCUGUGGUCAGGACUGCCGAACUGGAGGAGCUGGCUGUCCUAACGCCCCCGUCCCCAUUCAGGGAUUCUUCGGUGGGCUCAGCCAGCAACUCCCCCACUUCUCCAGGCUCGGAGCUGGCCCUGUGUGAGUCCCACUCUCCAAAGUAUGACCGGCUGAUGCUUCGUAACUACAGCCAAAGCUCCUCUUCGCUAUAAACAGCCUUGAUUUCCAGGCAAUUGAGUCCCAUUCAACCAAACUGGCUUCGGCUCUACCCUUAAAGGGAAGGUAUGAGGGCAUUUCAAACACUAGUCUGAAAUUUCUUCCCACUUUGCACUGUUAUACUUUACAAGUUGGAUUGGUACAUCAUUGUGUGCAUCGCAAUCAAGACCAUACUAAGAGAUGGUUCAGGGAUGAAAGAGAGAGCACUGCAUGAAACUGGUUAAAGGCUGUUUAAGUGGCCAAAGAACUGCUUUAGGUUUGAACUGCGAAUAGAAGUGAGUGCAGCCUCCUCAGAACAAAGCACUCAUAAGACUGAGCAUGUGGUGCUUUCUGUCCUCGUUCAAUUCAACGCUGAGGAGAGAUUAUACAAGCUUUUGCAAGAUUUACUUAGUGAAAGGAUUCAAAAUGUUCAUGAGUUCUUGAAUGAAUUGUCCCAGAGCAAAGUGACAAAGCUCAUGGGCUUUUAGCUGAUGGACACCUCUGCAUGAAGCACAUGGACAAUAAUAGUGGUAAGAGGCAACUGGGAGCGCUCUGUGGACCUCUGUGUGCUUGACGAUCAGCCAGUGAUCACAUUCCAAAAAAAUUAGCUCUGUAAGAUAUGACCACAGUUGAUGUGAUGUAAUAGGGCAUUGUUAUAUUUGUUAUUUGUGUGUAAAGCUACACACUUGCACAGCUGUCUACACACCACAAUGGCAAAUACACAUAAGUAGGAAGUUUUAGGAUAACAUAAUAGCGGACUAACAUUCCUCUCACUGGGAAUUAAUCUGUUGUUUUAGAAGUGUUUAUUUGACUUUUAUUUUGUUAUUUUGAUAGUGACAAUGUUUUAUUACAAACCCUAUAAAAUAUUAGUUUCUUAUUUAAACUAUAAAUUGAAAUGCACUUACUGAACAAAUAAAUAAAGAGAUUCUCACAUUUUAAUGUAAAUCACAGGAGCUAAAAGCUAGUUAGAAACUAUUCAUGUUUCCCAAUUUUAAACAUUUAAUUGCCCCUUUGCUAUUUUGACAAAGAACGUGUCUUGGUAAAAUUAGACUAAAUUUGACUAAAUAUAACAUAUACAUUGAGAUUUUGUAAACUGAGAUACCCCCGUUUAUUUCAACUGCUGUCAUAUUUGAAAAUCUUUGCUCAGAUUUCAUAGUGUUUUGUUCAAGACGACAUAUGAAGAUGGUAGAAUUUGUGAACACGUUUCACCUCGGUAGAGAGAGAAGUAAGACAUUAUGGGCCAAAUUCAUAAAACCAGAUUUACGGUAAUACAUUUCUAAAUGUUCUAAAUGCGGCUUGCCGGUAUAUUUUACCGUUUGCGUGAUAUGCGGUUCUACCGCAUUUUGUCCUCAUUUGCAUAUAGAAAAAAAAAAACCUUGAACAUGUCCGACGAUAAACGUACCGGUAAAUCGCUGAUGUGGAUUGGAUUAUUUUUCCUCUAACAAUAUUUGGUCACAUAUGCAAGUUAUUAACAGAAUUCUGCACCUGAACCGAUUUAGUUAACUGACUAAUGUAUUUAAAAGGUACAUUUUGGUCUGUGCAACUACAAUAGGAGUCUUGUAUACGAAGCUGACUUGUUUGAGUAGAAUCUCAGAAUUCCACGAACUUUUGCAACAAGAAAUGCAAAUUUGGGUGUUAGAGAGGAAGAAACUAUAAAAAGAUACAGAUUGGUACAAUUUUACUGCUCUGCCAUGAUUUAGAAGACGCACUGAAGUCAUGAACUCAGCACAAACAGGUCAUUUCUAGGAUGUGUAAACAUCCAGGGCUAGUCAGGAGCUCCACAGGUAUCCUCCCACA